AUGCCUUCGAGAGAGAAAGUAACGGUUGAUUUGGCGGCGAGGGUGGUCGGGAAUUGGAAGGAGACCUACGUAUGGAUUCCCAUACUGGGGGCUUUCGCCGUCGUCGCCCUCGCCUUCUCCACCGGCGCCAACAACAUCCCCGCUCCGCUUUCUACGGCGGUGGGAUCGGGAGCGCUGCCUCUUUUCAAGGCGACGAUCGCCGCUUUCUUUAUCUAUCUCCCUGGAGCCGCCUUGUCUGGCAGCAACCCCAUUAACUCUCUGUUUUCCCAACAAUUUGUGCAAGACAAUCAGCCAAACGAGGCCUUCUUGAUGUGGAGCAUGACAGUCGUCCUAAUCACAGCAGCAAUAUGGAUGGCGAUGGCGACGUACUUCGAGCUGCCAGUGUCGUCGCAGCAAUCGAUGCAGGAUGCUCUGUUCGGAACCAUUAUCGGGGUGCAGGGCUUUCGCUACAUACCUAUAUGGCACAAGAACGAAUACCACAGGUUCAAUGUUGUGGGAAUGGCGUGGAUGAUUGUGCAAUGGACAGUCGCCCCUGUCGUCGCCUGCGUUUGUGCCUUCUGCCUCUUUACCCUGCUGAAGAAAUUGGUGCUUAGACAUGAGAAAGGAGACAAGAGGAUUUUGGUUUUCCUCCCAAUUGGGUAUGGAAUUGCUGCUGGAUUGCUCUGCCAGUUCGUCGUCUUUGAGGUACUCAGAGACCAUCUUCUGCUCAACAAAUGGGUCGCCAUAGGUGUUGUAGCACUUGCCACACUCAUAGGAGCUCUAUUGUCACUUGUAUUGGCGGUUCCUUUGGCCAGGAGAAGGCUGCAAAUAAUAAAGGACACUCGAGGUGAAUUCGAAGUAAAAGACACGACAUUGAAUCUCAAUGAGCUUCGUAAAAUUGAAAUCCACGACCUACCGACAUCAAGAGAAGCAGGCAAAGCGAAAGAGGAUGACGAGAAGCAAGAAGUGGAUGUGGAAGACAUGUUGAAGGACUUCAUGCAGAUGAGGACUCUCGAGACCGUGUAUGAGGAGGAAGAACGAAGCAUUGCUUUCUCCGUCGAUUCCGCCCAACAAGACAACGACAACCCAAGCCAGCAAUCUGCAGUCUCCCAGCAGUCCACUCAGCUCAUCACUUCCUUCAAACAAUUAUUGGAAUGCAAGUCCGAGCAGUUCGAACGCAAGACGAGUUUUCAGAUCAUAAAAGAGACGGCAUUGAAUAAUAGUGGGUGGAAGCUGAUUAAGGAGAGCGCCAAAUCCGUCAUUUGCCCGGCAGUGGAGUACGACAGGCCGACGCUGAUUCGACAUGCAUUGGCGGAGAAGUACGACGAGCUGGAAGACUUGUUCUGGCUACUCCACCUUGUUGCUUCAUGUAUCUUCGCGCUGAUCCAAUCGUCGACGGAGAUCGGGGCUCUUGCCGGUCCAUAUGGGGCCAUCAUUGACGUGUUCCAUCAUAGAGACAAAUACUCCGGCAAUAUUGCCACUAAUGAUACGGUGGUGAUGGCGAAUAACAUGAGGUGGUGGUGCAGAGUGAUGGGGGGGUUGGUGGCGUCGAUGGGGUUCUUCUUCUGCGGGUGGCGGCUGACGCAAGUGCUGGGGCUGAAAGUGACCUACAUGAGCAACGCCAGAGGGAUGACGACGCAGCUGUCGGCGGCGGCGGCGGUGCUCAUCGUGACGAGGCUGAGUUUGCCGGCGUCGUGCGUGUACGCAUUCGUGGGGUCGUCGGUGGGGGUAGGGAUCGCCGACAAUCGCAGGAAUGUGAACUGGAGGCUUGUGGGGAAGUUGGUGGGUGGAUGGGCGCUGACGACGCUGUUCUGCAGUGGGUUGGGGUACGUGAUCUUCUCUGCUUCAAUUCACUCGCCAAGCUACGUUGUGCCGGAAACGAUGAUCAUCAUUAAUUGA